GAGAUCAGCAAAAUCUCGGAGCAGAAGUCCAUAUUCAUCAAGGCACUCGAGGUCUCGUAGCAGACACAGAUUGUCUAGAUCCAGAAGUCGUCAUUCAAGUAUUUCUCCUAGUACAUUGACUCUGAAGAGUAGCCUGGCUGCUGAGCUGAACAAAAACAAAAAAGCAAGAGCUGCUGAGGCAGCCAAAGCCAGUGCAAAAGCUUCCAAUACUUCGACACCUACUAAGGGAAGCACUGACACUGCUGUAAGUGCACCUCAAGUGAACAAUGUAAAGGACCUGAAGAAAAUAAAAACUGAGCAUACGCCUUCUCCUACAAGCAGUGCAAAUUUGAAAAAUGACAAGGCAAAAGCAAAGGUCUCACUUCCUGAAGCAAAAGCGGAAAAUAAUUUAAUUGCAGACAAAAUUACUAAGCAGAAACCUACAGCAGUAAAAGAGAAUAAAUUAACUGUUGUAAAACAGCCACCGGCCACUGUAAAAGAGAAAAACAAACCGAGUACACCAAGUGUAGUAACCAAGGAGAAGGACCGAAUUGUUGCACUACCAACCUCCACACUGCCACCCUUGCCUUUGCCUCCCACGCUGCCUGAAGAUAAAGAAACUGAUAGUUUGCGAGAGAAUCUUUCUGUGAAGUCAGUUAAAGAAGCAGAGAAGAAACUUCGCCAUCUGCUUGCAGACUUGCCACUUCCACCUGAGUUGCCUGGAGGAGCUGACUUAUCCAAAAGUCCUGAAGAAAAGAAACCAGCAGUUCAGUCACACAGCAAGAGAAGACCAAAAAUAUGUGGACCACGACAUGGUGAAACAAAAGAAAAAGAAAUAGACUGGGGAAAGCGCUGUGUGGAUAAAUUUGAUAUCAUUGGUAUUAUUGGUGAGGGCACUUACGGGCAAGUUUACAAAGCCAGAGAUAAAGACACAGGGGAAAUGGUGGCACUAAAGAAAGUACGUCUGGAUAAUGAAAAGGAAGGGUUUCCAAUUACAGCUAUUCGGGAGAUUAAGAUUCUUCGACAGCUUAAUCACCAAAGCAUUAUCAACAUGAAGGAAAUAGUGACAGAUAAGGAAGAUGCUUUGGACUUCAAGAAGGACAAAGGUGCAUUUUACCUGGUAUUUGAGUACAUGGACCAUGACUUGAUGGGACUGCUGGAAUCUGGUUUGGUUCAUUUUAAUGAAAAUCAUAUUAAAUCUUUCAUGAGACAGCUGAUGGAGGGCUUGGCCUAUUGCCAUAAGAAGAACUUUUUGCACAGAGAUAUCAAAUGUUCAAAUAUUCUGCUAAAUAAUAGAGGGCAGAUAAAGCUUGCAGAUUUUGGGCUUGCUCGGCUGUACAACUCUGAAGAAAGCCGACCAUAUACCAACAAAGUUAUUACAUUAUGGUAUCGGCCUCCUGAACUUCUGCUCGGAGAAGAAAGAUACACACCAGCUAUCGAUGUCUGGAGCUGUGGCUGCAUCUUGGGUGAACUUUUUACAAAAAAGCCAAUAUUUCAAGCAAAUCAAGAACUUGCUCAACUGGAACUUAUAAGCCGAAUUUGUGGGAGUCCUUGUCCAGCAGUGUGGCCUGAUGUUAUAAAAUUAGCUUAUUUCAACACAAUGAAACCAAAGAAGCAGUAUCGUCGAAAACUGAGAGAAGAGUUUGCUUUCAUCCCACCGGCUGCAUUAGAUUUAUUCGAUUACAUGCUUGCUCUGGAUCCAAGCAAGCGCUGCACGGCUGAACAAGCUCUUCAGUGUGAGUUUCUGCGAGAUGUGGAACCAUCUAAAAUGCCUCCUCCAGACCUUCCUUUGUGGCAGGAUUGCCAUGAGCUGUGGAGUAAGAAACGCAGAAGACAGAAGCAGAUGGGCAUGACUGAUGACUCAACAGCAACUAAAGUCCCUAGGAAGGAUCUCUCUCUAGGCAUGGAUGAGAGCAGAACCAACACCCCACAAGGCAUGCAAACUUCUUCCCAACUCAAAACUCAGGGCAACUCUAGUGUAGCACUUGCAAAAACAAGCACUGGACAACAGUUAAACCAGAAUGAAGUGGCAAUCCUGCUAAACCUGCUACAGUCUAAAACAAGUGUUAGUUUGGCACAGUUUGCCCAAGUGUUGAAUAUUAAGGUUAACCCAGAGACUCAGCAGCAACUAAAUAAAAUAAAUCUUCCUGCUGGAAUUUUGUCAGCAGGUGAAAAACAGUCAGAACAGCAGCAGCAGCCGCCGCCGCCUCCACCACCACCGCCGGAACAGGAGCCUCUAAAACAGCCGGCCGUCACGCAGCCUCCUGUACCACCUGCUCAGCUGAGUCAGCCUAAAGUUGAGACUGACGCUGCCCAGGCAGCUGUACAGAGUGCAUUUGCUGUUCUGUUGUCUCAGUUAAUAAAGGCUCAGCAAACAAAACAAAAAGAUUUUGUGUUGGAGGAGAAGGAAAACGGAUCAGGAAAUGAAAUGUCGUUACAACUCAGGCAGCCUCCAGAGCCCACCACUCCUGUGUCUGUCAGCCGGGACGACGUGGAAUCUCCAGCUCCCGGCUACCCCCAUCUGAUCAAGUCAUUAUACACGUCUGCAGGUGCCAUGCAGACAGAGCAAAAGAUGAUCCCUACUCUAAGAGGUCAAGAGGAUUUGGUUAGGCAGUCCGAGAUGAGGCUUCUCAACCGAACACCCGAACAAGAACGCCCUCGGAUCUUGCCUCCGGACCAGCGUCCCCCAGAGCCACCGGAGCCUCCGCCUCUCACUGAUGAAGACCUUGAUUAUCGGACAGAGAACCAGCAUUUGCCUAUAACUAACUCUUCAGGAACAGACCCUCACGCAGGAGUGAAAGCAGCUCUUCUGCAGCUGCUUGCUCAGCAUCAAGCUCAGGCGACAACAGAGGAGCCGGUACAAACAAGCGUGGAUUAUCAGGCUAGAGAAUCCUACGUAACAGGCCCAGACUACAAGGAUAACUUUGGAUCAUCUUCCUUCUCAUCUGCCCAUUAUGGCAGUAGCGAUGGAAUAGGAAGCGGAUCAUCAGGAGCAUUAGAAAGGAGGAGCUUCCUUGGAAAUUCAGAUAUUCAGUCUUUGGAUAACUACAGUACUGCUUCAUCUCACUCUGGCGGUGCCCCUCCUCCGUCGGCCUUUUCAGAAUCCUUUCCCAGCUCAGUAACUGGUUAUGGAGACAUUUACCUCAACACUGGCCCCAUGCUAUUUAGUGGAGAUAAAGACCAUAGGUUUGAAUACAGCCACGGCCCAAUCCCGGUUCUGGGAAGCAGCAGUGAUGCUUCCGCAGGGCCAGAGAGUACGCACUCUUUGCCCACAAAGAUGCACAACUAUAGCUACGGAAGUAACUUACAGGAAAAUCCCGGUGGCAUCAGCCACAUGCAUGGACAGACUUGGACUUCUCCGGCCCAAGGACCCGGCUAUUCCCAAGGAUACAGGGGACACAUUAGCACAUCUGCAGUGAGAGGGCGAGGCAGAGGAUUACCAUAUUGAGUAUCUGUUUUUCCUCAGGCACAUCAUUUUUAUCUGGAAAAACUUUUUUUUUUUUUUUCCCUAGCUGCAGUUUAAAGCAGCAAUUCAACAGACUUGAAUAAUGUUAAUUCAACAGCUUUAUUUUUAUGUGGAAAAGGGUCUUGCAUACAGUAGGAAAAAUUAAAAAUGCUUAAAACUCAUGCUGUCUGAAAACUAGAUAAAUUGAUUGUACAUGUUCACAAACUAGUUCUGAAUUUUAUUUUGUAUUUUGGCAGUUUUAAGUGGAUGCUAAAUUUAGGGACAUCAGCUUUUUAUGGCACUCUUUCAGAUCUUCUGAACUAUGCACAUUUGUGCUUUUUUUGUAAGUUUGGACCAACUUUUAUGUAAAAAAAAAAAAUUUUACAACAAUCAAAGCAGGGCACUGAUUUAUUUGGUAUUUUUCUUUUUACAGAACUACCUUUAGUCAAAGGUCACUGUCAGUCUUUGCACUGCUUUCAGUGUUAUUGUGGAAGGUGUACUUUGUGCUCAUUUCAGAUAAUAAAACACAACCUUUCUCUUGAUGCAAAAUUUUAUAAAUAUUUGGUCAAUGUUAUUUUUUUUUCUUUCAAGAAAAAAAAA